UACAAACAAGCACAUGAUAUUUACUCCAGUGUUAUAAACAGAGUCAACACAAAAUUAAGGGAAUUUAGUAAAUUGAAUGUAAAUUUAGUAGAUGAGGAUAUUUUUGGUAAGUCAAGAGAAAAGGCCGGGAAGAGAACAUAAGAGGAAUGUAAAAGGUCAAGGAGAGGCAGAGGAGGAGGAGGAGGAGAAGGAGGAUGAUAGCAGCCAGCAACCAGCUGCAUGGUCUCCAGUGGAAAAUAACUUCGGCCAGCAACAUCUAAUCCCUGGCUACAACAUGAUUUUCAUAAAGGAGGAGUCAUAUUUUUCUAGAGAGAGUUUCCAAAUUUUUUCCACGACAAUGAGGAAUAUAUUGAGAGUUAUAAAGGAGUACUUCUCAAGUAGUACACUCCAUGGACUUCAUUUUAUAGCAGACGAUGAUCAGCAUUGGUCGGAAAGGGUUUUCUGGACCAUUUGCUGUCUGCUGUCCUGGCUGGGGUCUGCCCUCCUCAUCCAAUCGUCAUGGGAUAAUUUCCAGAACAAUGCGAUCAGCUUUGUGGUGGAGACAACCUAUUUAGACAUUGACACCAGCUUUCCCUCUAUCUCCAUUUGCGAAGAGGAUACCCAGAUGAUCAGAGUUUACGAUUUUGCUGUCAAAAUGUUCGGUGUGGACCAUGACUGUAACCUGGACGAGGUGAUAAAGGAGAUCGCUUACUUCAGAGGCACUUCUUAUUACAUGAAAGAAUUCUGCUUCUCUGGAGAUAUUGACUGUCCCAAGGAGAACUACAGCUCCAUUGCAAAUCGGGUACGCAGCAAAUGCAACGACAUAUUCCAGCUCUGUAAAUGGAGAGAUGAAGAGUUCAAUUGUUGUGAGUAUUUUAUGGCUAUAAACACAGAAUAUGGAGUGUGCUACACGUUGUCUCCAAAAAAUGAAAGGAGGAGAAAAGGACAGAAAAUUCUGAACAUGAUUUCAAAUUCAAAACUGGGAUUGGCGUCUCUGUAUAUGGAGACCAAAGUUACAACUAAAAUAUACCUCCACUCCGAAGACGACAUACCUUACUACAAUACACUGACUACAGACAUAUUAGACGCUCUACCAAAUAUCAUGAAAAGAUUCACAGUGUCAGUGACUGCAAUCGAAAAUGAGGAAGAAGUGCAUUCUUUGAGUGUUUCUCAGAGAAAAUGUAGAUUUCCCUACGAAAACUAUUUGGGCUCAGCUGCCGAAUAUAGCUACAGUGCAUGUAUCAUGGAUUGUCGUAUGAAAAACCAGCUAAAAUUAUGUAAUUGUACAUCUCAUCUGAUGCCUAACACUAAGCCAGAAGAACACUGCAACAUUAAAGGGUUGAUCUGUUUGAACGACCAUUACGCUGAUUUGGCAAGUCCCAAGACAAGAUGGAGUACCAAGUCAGGUCUCACUUGCAGUUGCUUCCCUGGCUGCAAUGAGCCUGAAUUCAAUAUUAUCACAUCUACUGGUGUAGGGAUUGAAGCGAACAUUUCUAAGAUUGAAAUAGCAAUGGACCGACUACCCAGCGAGCGUUAUAAGCGGAAUGUAGUUAGGGGAAGAUUGGAUCUAGUAGUGUCCAUGGGAGGAGCAGCAGGUCUGUUUGUGGGAGCCAGUAUUUUGAGUUUUUUCGAGUUGGGAUUUUUCUUCUCGCUCCGUUUAUGCCACACAAAACCAAAAACCCAACCCCAACCAGAACCCAAACCGCAGAAAAUUUUGAAACCCAACAAUUUGAAUAUAUCGAAGCCACAACCCAGCUUGAAAGUGCAGCAAAUCACUGUUUCUUCGAGAUAUAAAAGAACGCCCUAUAUUGUUCAGCCGAAACGGUUUUAAAAAAUCAAAGGAUCUUAUGAAUUAUUCUAAAUUUAGAAUUCCAAUAAAUUAUCCGAAUUGAUAUGGUGAGGUACACGUUAUAAUGGCAGUAGAGAAAGAUAGGAAAACAACGUUGCCGUUGCCUUGUCUUGUCAAUGCUUUCUAUGGGCAGUAGCUGAUACAGGUUUAUUGAUGUAAUAUUAACGGU